CACAAACGAGGUAAUCUGAUUUGAUCUGCGAAUGAUGUUAGGAGGUGCAACAGUGAGGUGCUUUUCGCUGAUUAAACUUUCUCUUUUCCGCUUUCGAUUCAAACUCUGCUCUCCUCUUUCGACAACCAUUCGUAUAUAGAGUUCCUAUGGUGGGUGGGUCUCAGAACCUCCGCUCGUGAGUGAUGAUUAUCAAUAUAUUACUUACUGCCUUUGUAAUUUGUUAUGCACAAUAACUUUGGAUUUUACUGUAAGUUGAGUGGUUAUUGUUGUUGUUGAGGUUCAAACUUGUUUUAUCAUGAAGAAAUGACCAGUGUGAGAGUUGAGGAAGCAUUGAAAAUAUUGUUUCAUAUGUUAAGGAGUGCAAGAGGACACAAAACUGUCUCUAAGGUUUAUUCAACAGAGGUGUCCCCUGGCAUAGAGAGAGUGACAGAUGAAGUCCUGAAAGAAUUUCUUGCCACUGUUGAAAAUGCACCAGCACCCAGUGUAAAAGUCUAUUACACAUAUAUCAAUAAGAUGUGCAAGGCUGGAAAUCUUUCAGCUGCCAGUAAAAUGCUACAAACUUUAAGUGAUAAAAACAUUUUUGUUACUCCUGAUGUGUAUAAUCUCAUAUUAGUGGAGACAAGUCAGAAGAAUGACAUUGACCUUUCUUGUCAAAUUUUCAAGAAAUUAUUGUUGUCAUGUAAAUCUCCAAGUGCAACUUCAUGCCUUAAGUUUGCCCAGGCUUUCACAAAAGUAAAUGAUUGUGUGGAGCUUCUCAGGUUUCUUGAAGAAAUAUCAGAAAUAACCACAUCAUCCUUCAUCAACAAUAUCAUUUUUGCCUUUGCCAAAUGUGGACAGAAAGACAAGUCCUUAGUGCUAUUUGAACAUCUUAAAAGGCAGAGUUAUGGUCUGGACUUGGUCACAUAUAAUAUCGUUCUAGAUAUCUUGGGUCAGACAGGCCGUGUGUAUGAAAUGCUUGAUGUGUUUGCAUCCAUAGAGGAAACUGGUUUUAUUCCGGAUACUGUUUCUUACAAUACGCUAAUAAAUGGCUUGCGGAAGGCUGGAAGAUUUGAUAUGUGCUUUGCGUAUUUUAAGGAAAUGACUGAGAAUGGGAUUGAACCAGAUCUGCUUACAUAUACUGCAAUAAUUGAGAAUUUUGGCCGAGCAGGAAAUGUUGAGGAAUCAUUGAAAUGCUUUAGGGAGAUGAAACUGAAGGGGGUUCUUCCUUCAACAUAUAUCUAUCGAUCACUAAUCCAUAAUUUAAACAAAACAGGGAAGGUUGAGUUGGCAACAGAACUUCUAGAGGAGUUGAAUUCACCAUCAACUUGUCUGGCUGGUCCAGCGGAUUUCAAGCAGAAAAGAAGGCAAAGAAGCACUUUAUAAGUCAGAGUUUUUAGUUUCACUUGUCUGAGGUAUUCAAGUUCCCAAGUUUACAUUGGUAUAUCCUUCUCUGCAAUGUCUUAGUUGGAACAUGAUGCUGAUCAUCGUGUGUGUAUGUAUGACUGUUGAUGAUAGAGACGUGCGAGGGAUGGUUAUAGUAAUGAUCAAUUGAAUUUCAUCAUUACUUCCAAGUUCCAAGCUAUAUAGGAAUGAUUAGCUAAUUUGUCGAGGCAUUCUUUGAAUUUUUUCAUCAAAUAGAGACUGCUCAGUGUAUAAUUGUUGUUCAGUGUCUAGUGGGGAAAAUGCAUAGCAUGGUAAUUACUCAUCUUA